GCUUCAUUAGGAAAACAAGCGAGUCAGUGGACGGCCAUAUUGGCCUAAAAUUUCGUGUUUUUUAAUCCGUUUUAAAGAAAUAUCUGUUCAUUAUUAGGACUCAAGACAACGUGAACAUGCUUUUUAGCUUACGAAGGAUAUACGGGUUCGCGGUGGUGCUGAUUUUCCUGAGGAUAGGAUCUGUUCUCAGCGAAAAUGAACAAAAUAAACACAAACCCUGGUUUGAUGAGGAAUUUUACCACGGGGAGCUAAAUGAAAAUGAACGUUUAGUACAGCUCCAUCCUUCGUUGGUUGCAUUUGAUUCUGACGAUGGCGCGGCUGGUCAGAUUUGUAAUUAUGUGAUCAAAGAUGACGGAAUACCCUUUACAAUUGAAGUAGAUAAAAACACAGGAGAAGGAUUUUUACGAGCAACAGAGCCAGCUGACUGUGAAAAGCAGAGAGAUUACACAUUUGAUGUACAAGCUGAAGACUGUGGAGAAACGCCAAGGUUAUCACACAAGAAUACAGAACCACUGUCUUACGAUAUGGCUACCAAUUACAUCCUUGCUGUAACUGCUUAUGAUUGCGGUGGUAAGAAAAGUCCUUCAGUGCUGGUGACCAUACUGGUUAGUAAAAUCUGCACACCCGGAUGGCAAGGUAUUCCCAAGCGUAUCGAGUAUGAACCAGGUUCUGGUCGAGCCUCUGCUGCAGGCAGCAUCGAGCUACUUCCAACUCCUGGUUUGGGACAUGCAUGGACAGAAGAUCUGUCAUCUGAUGAAGGCUAUGAAAGUGAUCAAAUCUAUGAAUUUGAUGGUGAAAUGAGUGCUGUUUUGGUACCAGAUAAUAUCGUACCUGCCAACCUGACUGAUCACUUCACUAUCUCAACUUGGAUGAAACAUGGACCAAAUUAUGGUGAAGGCAAAGAAACCAUUCUCUGUAGCUCUGAUAAAUCUGGUUUGAAUCGCCAUCAUUACUCUCUCUACAUCCACAAUUGCCGUCUGGUCUUCCUUCUUCGCCGAGACUUUGGCAACCUGGAAACAUUCAGACCAGCAGAAUUCAGAUGGAAACUCGAUAAAGUAUGCGACAAAGAGUGGCAUCAUUAUGUUUUGAAUGUGGACUUCCCAAAGGUGACUCUAUACGUUGAUGGUGAUUCUUUUGAACCACAUCAUGUAACAGAAGACUGGCCUUUGCAUAAGAGUAACUUUGCAACUCAGUUGACAGUAGGCGCCGCAUGGGAAGGUGCAGAUGGCGAGUUUGUACACCACUUGAAAGGAUACCUGGCCGGUCUUACCAUGCGCCCAGGUAGUACUGAAAGUGAACAUGUCAUCACCUGUCUGAAUGGAUGCAAAGAGAGUUUGGAAUUCCAUGAUUUUGAUCUGUUAGAAUUGGGAGAAGAAGCAACGUUUGAUUCAACUCAGUCAGAAUUGACUCUCAAGGGUCAGCUGAUUGGUGAUAAUUUCCAAAGACUGAUGCAACACAUCUCGUAUGUGAAUUCCCGACAGUUUCCAACACCAGGAAAGAGAGCCAUUACUUUAAAAACAAAGGCUAUUUGUGACGGUGUGGAGAUUCCGAUAUCAAACAUUGAUGCAUACGUCAUGGUGUUACAGCCACCGGAACCUACCAUAACUGUAACUUGUUCUGAACAUCACGCGCAUAAAGAGAGUGAUUUUCUAGAGGGUAUCAAAUUAUUUGGUGACGUACACAUCGUUAGCACUAUAGAAGAUGAAGAGGAUGAAGAUGAGGAGAUGGCUACUGAAGCUGUUAACAUUGCUCAUAACUUGGAUUCCUGUUCGAUGCAAGUCAAUCCACCACUCAACACUAAAACGGAAAGGAUUACUCUACCAGACGAAGAAUUGAAAAAAUUACAUCUGGAUAAAUACAAUUCCACACAGGGUGUUGUCAUUAGAGGAGUUGAUUCCAUUGCCAAUUAUGAAGAUAUUCUGCGUAAAGUUGUGUACAUCAACACUGAUCCAUCUCAAUACUAUGAAAGAUCAUUUAAGUUGUCUUGUUCGGAACUCAAUGGUCGAUACACAAGCAAUUUGGUGGAAGUACAGGUGAAUAUUUUGCACAGCAGUUUUCCAGGUCCUAAAGUGAACAAUGAUAAAGCAAGUGAGCAUGUGGUGAGCUUUAAACAUAACAACAUUGGUAAACAAGAAAUCAAUAAAGAACCUGGCCUGCAAAAUAAAGAGUCGGCCAGUAAAACAGGUACAGCAAUGACAUUUGUCAUUGUGUCCUGUGUUGGCUUCCUCGUCUUCAUGAUUGUACUGGGCAUCUUCCGUAUCCGUGCGGCUCAUCGUCGUGCUCAAGUUGGUGAUGACAGACAAGAAAUGGCAUGGGAUGAUUCCUCACUCACUAUAACGGUCAACCCAAUGCAGCAAACUUUAGAGUAUGACGAUCAAGAAUUUCAAGCUGUAGGUGAUAGUGACUCGAGUGACGAUGACGACGAUGAUGAUGACAGCAGUUGUCAUGACGAUUUGGACAGCUCAGAAGAUGAAGGCGAACCAAGUAAAGAACACCAGCUUGAGUGGGACGAUUCAACAUUAACAUAUUGAGCUGGAAUCAAGUGGACCCUCUACUAAAACGCUUUACUUUAGUAUCCAGAAGAAUUUCGAAGAUUUUCGUUUGAUAAGAUACAGCACUAUUGGAUAUGUGAAAGCAUGUUUAUUGCUUUGCUAGGGGGUCCAGUUUUUAGUUUGCAGUCUCCUACAUAUUAUAUUUAUAUAUUCCGAGCAGUCACUGAAUUUAAAUAAAAAAAAUAAAGUUACAUAUUUCUCAAAUUUAAAAAUACUCCAAAAGAAAUAAACGUAUUACAUACACAUUUACAGGCUAAAACAAUGUGUAAAGCGUAAAUUUUAAAAUACCACAAAACUAAUAUUUAUGGAGUUUGAGACGAGUACAGCAACUUCAGUAGAUGCCCUACACUGAUUAAAAUAACAACAAUGAUUUGAUUUGCCUCUUACCCCAUCAAUAUGCAAGAUUAGUUUUUGAUAUAUAAUUGGAAAAAAAUGUAAAUUAAAAACUUGAUGUCGCGUUUUAUGACGACACAGGUACAAGGUUUAGUUUCCAAUGCAGACUAGUCUCUUUAGUAUGGCUGCUUCCUGUGUAAAUUGUGAAAUAGGAAUUGUUUAAGUAAACAUGGAAAUCAUUGGAUUAAACGUUUAUAAAAGUGUCGGCGCACGUUUUCACUGUCGUGUAUUUUCUGCAGCAGGGGAACAAAAAUCUUUUGAAUUAACUUUUGAAGUUUAAAAAAAAGUAGUGUAGAAACGUUGGUUUGACUUCCUCUUCUUGGGUCCAUGCUCGUCUAAUUAGCGAUGUUUCCAACCGUCUAAGGAUCUACAUGUUUAAUAUAAUACAGCGUAGUAUAAUUCAUAUUCCAAAAUGAUAAAAUGACGCUUGCGAGUAGCGUUAACAAAAAACACUCGUAAUAGAUUUAGAUAUUCAGUAUGGGCCCUGAACAUGAACGAUUGAACAUUUGUAAAAUAUAUAAUUGACACUAUUCAUUCAAAUUUUUGAAAUAAUAAUUUUUUGGGACAUAGUAAGUUGUGUAUGUAUAGAUGAAGAAAGUUUUGUUUUCCUUAAGAGUUCACUUGCUGUCCAAUUUUUAUGAAGAUUAUGGGAAUAUGUAUUUUUACCAUUGUUACUAUUUCAGACAAAGAUUAUUGUUUAUAAUUAUAAUAAUCUGUCUAUUUUAUUAUUGAUUUCAAAAAGGAACCAGUUUAGUGAGUCGUGCCCCGCUUCUUAAAUGCGACUAUAUGGAAACAAAGGAUUGAGAUGGUGGUUUUUGUUGAUAAGGAUAUUUUGUUUUCUCGGAGUGGGCUUGACUGCUACUGAACUGGUUUAAAGUAGUUUAGAAACGUUAUAUUAUUAAUAAGUUUAAACACUUUUUUUGGGUUACCCCACUUGACUAAACAGUAUAUGUCUUGAGAAAUGAAUAAUUUCAGAAAUUCACAUGCUAUUCACAGUCCUUUAGUAAUGGUUUCUUUUGAAAUGUCAGCCUUGUAUUUGUAGUUUUUCAAGCUAACCAUGGAGCAGAAAACUUUACAUACUUUCUAAAUAUCCCAAUAAUACUAGUUUGCCUUACUGACAUUUCAGAAUGACUUAAGUGUUCCAGUAAUUUUUGCGGUGUUAUGUCAAUUAUUAGUUGUGGGAUUACUCCACCUGGUGUACUAGUCAUUUCUUGAUGUGCUAGGGGGUCUCAUUUCAUUUCUCAGUCUUGUCAGAGUGUAGCCACUUAGGCAUACAGCUUUUCUUUUGUCUACCUGUCCUGUAUGAUUAAAACGAUCACUUGUAAUUAACCCUUA